AUGCACUGCAAGAGGAAGCUUAACCUUGUCUGGGUCGACUCGGAGCACUUGGAAGAGAGUGCGCGGCAGACGGAUCCAGCCAAGUUCCACAAGGCCUGGCAUGAGGUCUGCACCGCCUCGGGCAUCCUUUGUCCGGGUGGAUUCGGCACAAGAGGUAUCGAGGGCAAGAUCCUUGCUGCCAAGUGGGCGCGCGAGCGGAAGACUCCUUACCUUGGUGUCUGCCUUGGUAUGCAAGUUGCGGUGAUUGAGUAUGCUCGCCACAUUGCCGGCAUCACCAAGGCUACGUCGGAGGAGUUCGACGCACAGGCCGAAGAAAAAGCCAUCAUUUUCAUGCCCGAGAUUGACAAGACGACCAUGGGCGGAAACAUGCGUCUUGGAAGCCGACCUACCUUUUUCCAAGAUGGUUCUGAGUGGAGCAAGCUGCGCGCGCUCUACGGGGGAGCCUCAUCGGUCGACGAGCGCCACCGACACCGUUAUGAAGUCAACCCGGAAUACAUCGAGCGUCUCGAGGCAGCGGGCCUUGACUUUAUCGGCCGGGACGACAAGGGCGAGCGAAUGGAGAUCAUCGAGCUCAAGGACCACCCCUUCUUUGUCGGAAUCCAAUACCAUCCCGAAUACCUGAGCCGCGUCCUCAAGCCUAGCCCCUGCUUCCUCGGCUUUGUCGCGGCCAGUGCUGGCUGUCUGGACGAGGUGCUGAAGGAGGUCAAGAACCCUAGUACGCAGAGCAGUGGCGAGGGCAUCAACGGAACGAACCAGGCUUCUUUCUGAAGCAGCGCGUAUCAACAGGCGUUUUAGAUUUUGGAACAUUAUUAUAUAGGCAUAGGCUGUACCGGCGGCAUUUGAUGAUCAUUUCUACCCCCU